AUAAAGGAUUGGACGUUUAUCUGUCUGUUAUAUGCGGAGUACUUGGUCACUCUGCGUUUGUAAGCUGUUCUAGGUUUAGGAAUGGGCGAAGGACUAAACUUCUUUCAUCGUUUUUCAUGCGAAGCACUGAGGCACUAGUCAAGAAGGCCACCGUCAAUUUAUACCUGGUAAGGUGAAGGAAAGAGAGCAAAGGUCCUCUGGCAGUUGAACAUUCUCGCGUAACGUCAUAGAAGGCGGUGCGGCUGGCAGCCAUUCGUUCGCUUCCGUUUGUCCGUCCCUCCUCCCCGCCCCUCGGGCUUUGCGUCAUGCCCAGGGACUACAGAGAGAACCAGAGUAGGAGUAGUCAAUCCUCAUCAUCUUUUGAUUGGUCGGGAAGCUCUUCUAUCUAACCCAAGGGAGGGGUUUCAUGUCACUUCGGGGCGGAAACGCUGUUGAAAAACUCGAGGGAGAAGUGACGCGUGAACUUGGGCGGGAGUUGUUCUCCCCGCCUUCUUUUUGAAGCGCUAACGGGUUCAGGUUGCGGCGUCUCUGCCGGAAGGCCUCUGUCUGCUGGUCCUCCGACUUUUUCUUUCCCGUUGAUAUUUCCCGGAUGAUGUUGAGCCGGGGCAAGGGGAGGCUCGGAAGGCCCUGGGUGGAGGGGGUGUCCCUGGGGGCUCCAGGAGUAGAGCCCGAACCCUUUGCCUCCAAGCCGGAACCCGAGCCUGGACUGGACCUGAGCUUGAGUCCUGGCUCCAGAAGCCCUGAACAGCCCUGCUCUAUCUUGCGGCGGGAGGGAGCUCGGGCCGAGGGGCGGAGAGGACGGCAGAGAGCGCGGCAGGUUCGCUUCCACCUGGCCUCCCCAGGUCAGUCUCCCUCUUCCAGAGCGUCCCCAUCACAGGGAAAGCUAUCCACAGGUGAACUUUUGGAGAAGUGUGAAGCCUUAACAUCCCUCGAGUCCCCGGGACUUCAAAGUACUCUGGCCCUGGGACAACAACUGGAGUCUGUUAGAGAGGCCACAGCUCUGGGGCAGUUUGAUGCCCUGAAGGCUGCAGGGGAACAGUUGAAAAGUUCCUUCCUAAGUCGUUGUGAGAUGGAGGAAAACAUAUCAGAGGGUCUUAAUGUGCCUAGAUCCCAAAGGCUCUACCGGGAUCUGGUGAGUCUGCAGGUUCCAAAGGAGCAAGUGUUGAAUGCUGCGUUGAUGGAAAGACUGGCCUUGCUUCCACCACAGCCUCAGGUCCCACCCCACAAGGAGGUUCCAGCGGCAGGUCCAGAACUAAGCAUCUUAUGUGAUCCUCAGUCACUGGCCCAUGAGUCUCCACAUUUAAUACUUGAAGGGUUCCCUCUCUUGAAGCUCAGGCCACAGCCCCAUCCUGCAGAGGAUACUUUCCUCAUGCACCAGACUCUCAGACGGUGGGAUACGUAGUCUUACAGGAUUGUCUUCACUUUUAUUUUUGUAGUGGUGGGAGGGAGGGUGCACAUGUUGGGAUUGUCCUUUACAUUGGGUUUUAUAGAAAUAAAGUUUUUUGAUAAGU